UUUCAAAUUUGAGUCAAGCCCUUGCGAGUUGCGAAAGCUAGCCGUCGCCAACCCAACAACAAUAGCUCGCUUUCUGGUUGGAGGUAUGCUCUCCACGCCCCAUACACUCUUCUCAUGUCUGCGCAGCUUCAAAUCUGCUCAUCCGUCUCUCCUAAGCCAAGAAAUCGUCUUCCAGAUCAGACACAUUUCGAGUUUGAAGGUAAUUUGGCGCAAGGAUUACAGAUUGGACGAAGCAAUCGAAAACGACAAGCGGUACAAGCUAUGCGCGCGGGUUGUGAGGGAGGUUCUCAACGAACCAGGGCAGGUGAUUCCACUUCGAUAUCUAGAAAAACGACGACAGAGAUUGCGUCUCAAUGUGUCAGUCAAGAUGUUUAUGAGUUGCAAUCCAGGUUUGUUCGAAACUUACUAUGAUAGAAUCAAACCUAAAUCUGAACCCGUUUUGUUCUUACGCGCUAGCGAUCGACUUAGGGGGUUUCUUGAAGAAGAGAAGAGGAUUACGAUGGAAAACGAAGGGUUGAUCGUUUCGAAAUUGUGUAAGUUAUUGAUGAUAUCGAAGGAUAAAAUGCUUAGUGUUGAUAAAUUAGUGCAUGUUAAGAGGGAAUUCGGGUUUCCGAAUGAUUUUUUGGUCAACUUGGUGCCGAAGUACCCUGAAUAUUUUCAGAUUGUUGGGAGUCCGGGAGAGGGAAAAUCGUUUCUUCAAUUGGUUUCUCGAAACCCUGAUUUUGCGAAAUCAGUGAUUGAGAGAAGAGCUGAAGAUGAAUCCAUAUCAACCGGCAUUCGUAUUCGGCCUAAUUUCAACUACAAGCUUCCUCCUGGAUUCAUCUUAAGAAAGGAAAUGAGAGAAUGGGUUAGAGAUUGGUUAGAACUAGAUUACAUAUCGCCAUACGAAGACGUGUCCCAUUUGGCUCAAUCAUCGCCGGAGAUGGAGAAGAGAACAGUCGGAGUUUUUCACGAGCUGCUAUCACUUUCAUUGUUCAAGAGGAUUCCAGUGCCGACAUUGGGGAAAUUUAGUGAUGAGUACCGUUUUUCGAAUGCAUUUUCCAGUGUAUUCACCAGGCAUUCUGGGAUAUUCUAUUUGUCAUUGAAAGGUGGGAUUGAGAAUGCGAUGCUUCGAGAGGCAUACGAGGGUAGCCAGUUGAUUGAUCGUGACCCAUUGCUUGAAAUAAAAGAUAAGUUCGUGGAGUUGUUGGAACAAGGAUGGAGGGAGAGAGCUGAGCAGCGAAGGCAACGGGCAAAACAACUCAGGAAGGACAUGGACUUCAUGGCUGCAAGGACUGUUCACUUGAAGGGCUGAGUUUUGCGAUGAGGAUGACCUUUCCAGGAACGAUCGAACUCAACAAGAAUGUGAAGUUUAUUCACUCAUGAGGUUUAAUUCAACUCUUGUGUGCCACCUAACAAACUGGUCUCAAAAUGAAUGAGGCCAUAACAAAAUACCAACCAAACAGAACCUAAAA